GAUUCGUCGUCUUGGCAACGGCGGGGCGCAGCCGCGCUCUGCGAUUGGUGGAGGUGCCUGUCAAUCCGCCUCGGCCAGGGCCGCACUUCCGCCUCGGUGUCCGCGGUGCCGUCGCUGGAGCCGGUGCAGAGAAGGAGAAAAGCAAGAUGGGAAAAAUAGCAGGAAAAAGGGCUUUUUUUUAAAUAACAUGCCACCAGAACUUCUGCAUGGUAAUAAAGAUCAUCUAAAGCAGCUGGAUAUUUGCAAAAGGAGACCCUGACAGCAUCCAGAUACUUUAAAUCAAGUUCAAGGAUGCAUUAGAGAGAGCUGCAGUGGCUGCACCAGAUUUCACCCUGAAGGAUGAACAGUGAAGAAGAGUUUUAUGAUGCCGUUACGGGCUUUGAUUCUGACAAUUCUUCAGGAGACUUUUCAGAAGCAAAUCAUAAAGGUCCAGAAAUGCUUGAUCUAGAGCCACACCAAAGCAAUAGGACUGAAAAGCAUAAUGGAGAAACAGAGAUACAAGAAAAUGGGAUUAAGAGACACAGGACAUCAUUACCUGCCCCAAUGUUUUCUAGGAGUGAUUUUAGUGUGUGGAGCAUAUUAAAAAAAUGCAUUGGACUGGAGCUGUCCAAGAUUACAAUGCCCAUUGUCUUCAACGAGCCCUUGAGUUUCCUUCAAAGGAUAACAGAAUAUAUGGAGCAUAUAUACCUCAUCAAUAAGGCUUGUAGUCACACAGAUCCCCUGGAAAGAAUGCAGGCUGUAGCUGCUUUUGCAGUUUCUGCUGUAGCUUCUCAGUGGGAGAGAACUGGCAAACCAUUUAACCCACUGUUAGGAGAAACCUAUGAAUUAAUCAGGGAGGACUUAGGAUUUAGGUUUAUAUCUGAACAAGUCAGCCACCACCCACCUAUUAGUGCAUUUUAUUCUGAAGGCCUCAAUAAGGACUUCAUAUUUCAUGGAUCAAUUUAUCCCAAACUAAAAUUCUGGGGAAAGAGUAUAGAAGCAGAGCCUCGGGGAACAAUUACUUUGGAGCUUCUGAAGCACAAUGAAGCUUACACAUGGACAAAUCCAACCUGUUGUGUACAUAAUGUAAUUAUUGGUAAACUGUGGUUAGAACAGUAUGGAGUGGUAGAAAUUAUAAAUCACAGUACUGGAGAUAAAUGUGUUCUUAAUUUUAAACCAUGUGGACUGUUUGGGAAAGAGCUUCACAGAGUAGAAGGAUACAUCCAGGACAAGCACAGGAAGAAGCUGUGUGUGAUCUAUGGCAAGUGGACAGAAUGUUUGUGGUGCACUGAUCCCACCACGUAUGAAACCUACAAAAAGAGUGAGAAGAGAGGCAGUGAGCUGAAGAAGAAGUCGAAUGAAGAAGAUAUUAAAUCUGAAAAUGAUGAGGCUGAUGAUAUGCCAGAGGUUCAAGACACAGUGCAGUUCAUACCAGGCAGUAAAUUGCUUUGGAGAAUAAACUCUAGGCCACCAAACUCAUCACAGAUGUACAAUUUCACCAGUUUUGCUGUGAGCCUCAAUGAGCUGGAGAAGGGCAUGGAAGCCAUCCUGGCUCCCACGGACUGCCGGCUACGUCCAGACAUCAGGAACAUGGAGAACGGGAACAUGGAUGUGGCAAGCAAAGAGAAGGAGAGACUAGAAGAGAAACAAAGAGCUGCUCGCAAUGAGCGUGCGAAGGACGAGGUGGAGUGGCACACACGAUGGUUUCAUCAAGGCACUAACCCAUACACUGGGACUCCAGAUUGGCUGUACUCAGGUGGCUAUUUUGAUAGAAAUUUCUCAGACUGUCCAGACAUAUACUGAAAUUCCAGAAGCAAUUGCUCAUCUCAUCCGGACAUCUAGUUUCUAGAUUUCAUUCCAAGCCAGUUACUCUGGUUUUGUUGAUAGCAAGAACCAGCUUUUCAAAGUAAAUUUUAACAGAAAUUCUAUCAGUCAACAAUCAAUGGUUUAAUUCUCACUAACGUUGGAUUGCCAAAUAUUUGAAUACUGUUGCUCUCAUUCCAUAAAGCUGCACCUGAAAUCAUCAAGUUUUCACUAAUUUUCAGAGGGACCUUUGGUUCUCCAUUUCCUCCCCUAGUUUCUCUACCAGGAGGAUAUGCUGUAUCCGUAGAGCACAUAACAUCCUUGAAAACUACAUAACUUAAAUAAACUAGAGAUAAUAUCCUUGAUACUUAGUACAAUAGAGAAGAAGCUGAAGUUUUUGGCACUCGGAGCAGGGAUGAAAAGCCAACACGGUACCAACAGGAUCAAACCCAGUCCUGUCACACUCCCAUACUGUAUGUAGCACUCCCUGGGGACAGGAGCUCCUGGCCCCACUCUCAACAAUUCCAUAACUGAGAGCCUUGGGAACACAAAACCCAGCCCAAGCCUCUCAAACUGUAGUUGUCUGUUACAGAGUCUUCACAACUUUGGGACACUGUGAGCAUUAAACUGUAUACCUGUGAUAAAUCCCAUAGAGCAUACGUUAGGAGAAGGGAAGGGCACACCCACAAUGUGCUUUUCCUCAGGUCAAAUGCUGUUAAAUGCUGUUCUUACCAUAGGAGAAGCUUUGGAAGCAAUAGCAGGAAUGUCGAGGUGGUUCCAAUGUACAAUAUACUGCUUGCUACCACUUGGAGGCUUAACUCUUCUGCACUACCUUUGGCAGCUUUGGCACUGUGUAUGCUUCUAGACUAAACUUUCCUUUGGAAGCACUUCUGUGUGUGUGUCCACGCAGGUUCAUGUUUUGGGGAAGUUUUGGUUUGCAUGUUUCUCAUUAUUAGGUCACGUCUGUUUUGUAUGUUGUGAAAAAGCAGAAUCAAUUUAAAGCUUUGGCAGAGUUAUACCUAUUACAAGUUUCCUGUGAGCACGUGAUGUCAAAAAGUGGGAUUUUUUUUUUUUUUUGUUCCAUAUCAAACCAUCAAAGCCAUAUAAUACUGCAAAUAAUCAAUUACUGAACUGAUGCAUUUAUUUCCUUUCAAGUGGUAUACUUCAGGGGCCAGGGUGUGGAGGAAGGCUUGAAAAAUUUGGUCCAUUAAUUAAAACUUAUCCUUAUGUUACUGCUUCUUUUUAUGAAAGUUUUUAAUUGAGUACCCAGGCAAAAAUGGAGAGUGGCUGUGCUGCUGUGAAGUUUACAGUAAUUUAGACAUUGUUGGUGUUAAAUGCCAGCAACAUGAAGGAUUCAAGAAAGAAUUGGUCUGAUUUGUGUCCAAAACAUCUGUGAUUUCAUCCAGAAAGUAGAUUUUUGAAGUGUUUCUCUCUCAAUCACAGGAUUAAAAAGCAAAAGAAAAUUAACAUAUUCAGAGAGAAAUUCUUCUAUCAAAUAAUGUGUACAACAAUUGGAUUAUAUUUGGGGGAAAUUAGUUGUCUUCAUUGGAAAAUAAGAGAGCUGUAAAACUUCAAGGCAGUAAGGAAGGGCACAAUCUGAAUCUUGUUCAUGGCAAAUUGAUUCUGUUGCCAAAAUUUGUAAUUUGUGUUGAUGGAAGUCCUCAGAACCUGAGAUGGACUUAGUGACACAGUAGGGUUGUGUUUGUUCCUAGUCUGGGCACAGACACUUCUGAAAAGACACUGCUGAUCCACAUGGAACAGCAUAAAAAUAGUUUUUAUAAAAACCUGAGCUUUAAUGUCAAACUUGCUGUACAUGCCAUAGGGAAUUUUUUGUUAGAUGAGGAUUGAAAUGAAUCACAUAUUAGACCAGUGGGAGUUUGAAAUUUAAUUAAUUUACAUAGUGUGUUCGAUGCUGGAGUGAUGUUUUAAAAACAAUGCAUAUAAAUAGAAAUUGCCUGAAUGGAAAAAACUGUACAGAUGUUCUAAGAGGAGGUGUACAGGUUAGCAUCCCUUUUCUCUAAGCCAGGAUUUAAAUUCAAAGACCUAAAGCCUUGUCAUUAUGUGAAAGCAUGAAACAAUUGUACCAAUGUGUUUAAUCCAAACUUCAGUAUAGAAUCUUCAUGGGAUAUAAAAAGAAUCUGGGAACAUUUCCAGUGUAAGAACACUUCAUUAGUUACAUCUUCACUCCCAUCUCCCUUUCCUUUAGUCUGAAGUUUUCAGUAAAAAUUCAGAUUAGUUCCAAACAUAUUAUUUUAAUUUAUUGUUCUUCAUUGGCAACACUUUCAGAACCCUUUCCCUGCGCUGCCAACACGGCUCUGCUUGGCCAGCCCUGGCAUUCCUAAUGCUCUCAAAGUCCAAAAGUUUUUAUUUUCAAUGCAGAUCUCGCCUCAGUAGUUUGUGUCAAAACAUUAAUAACUUUGCACCUUUUGAAAGAAUGUCACUUUUAUAACUUGAUUAAACACUGUAUAUAAGAUAACUGUGUUAGUAUAUGUUAAUACAGCUACAUAGAGAAACCAGCUAGAAAGAAAUUAUAAUAAAUACUUAAUAAAUAAAUACCCUUUGGGCCUCUG